CGGCGAACUAUUGUGCUUACUGCGAUUACUCUCAGUAAUGAGUUUCUCCGUUGCCAAGUAUCUUUUGAUACAGAUAGUGAAACCAAUGAUGAUUCGGAUUUAGACGAAGGAGAUAUAAGAAGAAGAGUUCAGUUACGUGGAGUUCAACGAAAACCUGCAAGAGUUGAAGGUUAUGUAGAAAUAACCGUUCCAAGAUUAAACGCACAGCAGUUUAGAAGACAUUUUCGCAUGACCCCAACAAUAUAUGAAAAUCUAGAAACAAUGCUCGGUCCUGUACUCUCAUUUUCCGAAGGAAAAUCUGUAAUUCCAGUGAGGAAACAAUUACUAGGAACGUUAUGGUUAUUAGCAACACCUGAUUCUUAUCGUUCUGUAGGGGAGAGGUUUGAUCUUGCUAAGAGUUCGUUAAACAAAAGUUUCAUAAGAGUCAUUGAAUGUUUAAAUGACAUAGCAAGCCAAACUAUUGUGUGGCCAAGAGGGGAAGAACUUGAUAGAGUGAAAGCAGAUUUCAAUAAAAAUUCAUCAUUGCAAGGCAUAAUUGGUGCCAUUGAUGGCACGCAUAUUCCCAUAAAAGCUCCUAAG